AUGUAUCCCUCUUUAUCGCUUACUGUGUGUGCUCUUACCAUCUUGAACGCUGCAUGUGCAACCCCUAUGCUACCUUCUUUCAUGCAUCUUGCAGUAUCAGACGCCACAAUCCAUUCUCCUGAUGACACUCAUGCAACCUUUCAUUCGUUUGCCGUCAACGACGCUCACCCAGAUAAUAGACAAGGGACAUCUGACAAGGAUGAUUUCGCCAUUGAUUCCGUGUUUGCUGUUUCAGAGUCUCCAGAUGACAGCCAUGCAACCUUUUAUCCUGACGAUAGCCAUGCAACGAGUUCCCCCGCUGACACGCAUGCAACCAUUCAUUCCUUUGCUGCCAAGGCCAAUAGCCAUCAUGGAACAUUCGAUAAGGAUGAUCUCAUUAGUGAUCCCGUUGCAGCCGAUAGUCUUUAUGCUGGCUUGGGCACAUUUGCACAUUUGCCUUAUGUCCAAUGCUUGCAAAAUGCCUCACUCACUUAUGACAUUGCUUUUAUUGGUGCUCCUUUUGAUAGCGGUGUCAGUUACAGACCUGGAGCACGCUUUGGUCCUGUAGCAAUUCGUGAAGGCUCAAGACGUACCUUGUUAACGGGUGGAUACAAUGUGCCUCAAAAGGUCGACCCUUUUCGUAGCUGGGCCAAGGUGCUUGAUUGUGGCGAUAUUUUCAUGACACCUUUUGACAAGAAUCUUGCUCUCCGUCAAUUGCAAUACGGAUACGCGUCCCUUUUGGAUCAUCCCACUGCUGACAUAGAAAAGGGAACCAUCCCACGAUUGCUUACCAUGGGAGGUGACCAUACCAUCACCUUGCCAAUUCUACGUGCACUCCAUGCAAUUUAUGGCCCAGUGUCCGUUAUCCAUUUCGAUUCUCAUUUGGACUCAUGGAACCCAGCCAUUGUAGGUGUUGGUCCUGAUGAUGAAUCAGCAAUGAACCACGGCAUGUACUUUUGGCAUGCUUCCAAGGAAGGACUUAUCAACAAGGGUGAAUCCAUCCAUGCUGGCAUUCGCAACAAUCUCGUGGAUGCCAAUGGCUAUGAGGAAGAUCAAGAGCUAGGAUUCCGGGUAGUCGAAGCACGUGAGAUUGAUGAUAUUGGUACUCGUGGUGUGAUUGAACGUAUACGAGAGUGCGUUGGUGACAAUUAUGUGUAUCUUUCCAUUGACAUUGAUACACUGGAUCCUGCAUUUGCACCUGCAACUGGCACACCCGAAUCCGGUGGAUGGUCAUCACGUGAACUUCGAACCAUUCUUCGUGGAUUGGAAGGGUUGAAUAUCGUUGGUGCUGAUUUGGUUGAAGUGUCACCUGCUUACGAUACGAACGCUCAAAUUACCGCAUUUGCUGCUGCCGAUUUAUUGUUUGAGACAUUAUCAUUGAUGGUGCGUCAACCUGUAAAGCAAACAGUAUAA